GGUUUUGUACGGAAGUUAAACCGUUUACGUGUGUUUUUCAUUGUGCUGGUAAUGUCGUGUUGUUUAAGUUUUAAACAUCUAAAGAGUGACAGGUGUCCUGUGGAUAUUUCGUAAUGUCCGCGCAGGGUGACUGUGAGUUUUUGGUGAAGCGCGCGCGGGAGCUCGAGCUCGCGCAGGAUCCGUAUGCGGCGAAAGCUUGGCUUAUUACCGCGCGCACACUUUACCCGACAGACUUCAACAUACAGUAUGAGAUGUACAGUAUCGAGCGUAAUGCAGAAAGAACAGCGUCUGCCGGCAGGCUGCUAUAUGACAUAUUUAUGAAUUUUCCCGAGCAGCCGGUGGUUUGGCGUGAGAUUGCAAUCAUCACCGCUGCGUUACGCAACGACAGUCUGGACAAACACGCACAGUUUCUGAAAGGUGUGUUUGAGACUCUGCCGGGUCCUGUACAGUGUAAGGUGCUGUUAAAGGCCACAGAACAAUGUUUCAACACACUGGAGAAAGCUGAGAUGUUACUGCUCUUACUCAAGAGAUUCCCAGAGUCUGUGGUACAACAUGGAGUCACUUUAGGAGAGUCAUUAUUAGAGGCGGAGACUGUGGAGAAGCUGGACACGCCCGUCAACUGUUUCAGGAAGCUGUUUGUGUGUGAUGUUCUGCCGUUGGUUCUGAAUAAUCCAGAGAUGUGUCUGCCUGCUAGUUUGCUGUAUAAAUAUCUUCAUAAAGCAGCAGAGUUUUAUAUUUGUUACGUCACGCGGGAGCCAUCAGCAGACGGACAGAUGCCAGCCUCACAGGAAGUGGGUGCUCUGAAGUCUCCCGGACGGGGGCGGGGUCAGCGCUAUGUGAUUGACGGGCUGUCGGAGAAGUCGUCAGUGGUGACGGAGCCGUGGGAGCGUCUGCUGGAGAUGGUGGGUGUAAUGGGAUCUCUGUGUGAUUGGCAGGGAGAGAAGGGAAUCAGGUCAUACUCUGAUCUCCUGCAGCGUGUCACAGAGUUGUGUCGGUAUGUGUCUGCUGAUGCUGAAGGGUUUGCGCGCUGCUGCGGUCAGAUCGUCACCUGUUGCACGCUGGUUCUGUUCUACAGCACCGUACAUUACGUCUCUGCAGUACAACCAUCAUUGAUUCACAGUCAGUCGUCUGUGAGCGGGUGUCCGUGGGUUCUGUUGGAGGAUCUGUCGUGUGUUUACACUGAUGUUGAGGUGGAGAGAAAACACGCACACAAGAAACGCAAACUGGCUGACGGACGAGAGAAAACCAUGAGCUCAGAUGAUGAGGAUGUGUUGUGUAAAGGCAGAGGUCGACACAUACAGGUGAAUACAUCAGAGAUGUCGGGCUGGGCCGAGACUCUGGAACAUUUCCGUACGGCCAGAGAAAGCUGGGAAUUACUGCACUCACACCAGAGCCUGGAGACAGAGUUUGUAAAGAUGUGUUCAGCGUGGAGAACAGAGACGUGGUUGUGGUUCAGAAUCUUUCUGACAGAUAUGAUCAUUUAUCAGGGUCAGUACCGGAAGGCUCUGUCCAGUCUGGCGGUGAUGUCAUCUCUUCAGCAGAAUCGGAGCUCAUCUUCAUCUCCGGUGGUUCUGGACACUCACAGAUGUGUCAUACAGCAGGCGUCGUGUCAUUACGCUCUGGGAGAGUUCAGGAUGGCAUGUGAGAAGCUUCUAGAAGCCGUCAGCGGCCUGAUUCCUCAGAGUGAGGAGGUUGUGAAGAGCAGCGGUGGUCAGCGUCAGUCCCGUAUCAGACCCAGGAGAGGUAACGACCUGCGUCUGGUCCCGUGCACCAGUAAAUCCAUCCUGCCGUUCUGUCUGCAGCUGAUGCUGGCCUGCUUCAAGCUGAGGGCGUUCACAGACAACAGGGAUGAUCUGGCUCUUGGUCAUGUGAUCGUUCUCCUGCAAUAUGAUUGGCCGCAGGGUGAGAAUCUCUUUCUGAAAGCGGUGGAUAAGAUCUGUCAACAGGGCAGUUUCCAGUACGAGAACUUCUUCAACUACGUCACCAACAUCGACAUGCUGGAGGAGUUCGCUUACCUCCGGACAUCAGAAGGAGGGCGUGUCCAGCUGGAGCUGCUGCCCAAUCAGGGCAUGCUCAUCAAGAACCCCAGCCCCGCCCUGGGGGUGGAGCUAAACACCUUGCUGCUUCCAGGGGCUCAGAAGGCUGACAGACAUCACACGGUAACUCGAGGGAUCACCAAAGGUGUGAAGGAGGAUUUUCGUCUUGCGAUGGAGCGUCAGGUGUCUCGCUGCGGAGAGAAUCUGCUCACCGUUCUGCACAGAUUCUGCAUCAAUGAAAAGAUCAUACUGAUUCAGUCUCUACCCUGAAUGACCUUUGACCUGACAUUCUCACCCAUUCUUCACAGUAUGACACCUGUGUGGUUUUAAAGGUUUUAUUCAUUAACGGACAUUAAAAAGAUUCUUCGUUUGUGAAAAACAGCUUACACUGGAAAGACCUUAAAACAAUAAAACUGUGCUUUUGGUUUG